AUACGAGAAUGAAGCGAGAAUGACUGGUUUUAGUCUCCUUAAUCGUACACACAGAAACUUUUUGCGGGUGGUUUAGCAAUCGUUGUGGGUGUAAAUAAACAAGAAAAAAAUGGCUGCAGAACUAGCCUUGCCAGGACAAGUCAACUUAGAUGUCCCAAGGUGGGAUCAGUCCACUUUCUGGGGACGAUUCAAACAUUUCCUUGUUAUAACAGAUUGGAGGAAAGCUCUCUAUACUAAUGCUCAACUUGAUGAGGCAAAAGAAGUUGUUGAAACCUACACACAAGGUAAAACAACCAAAGUGUCAGUCAAUGAGCUCUGGCAUGCGAAGCAUUUAGUGGAUUCAGCAUUUCACCCAGACACUGGAGAAAGAAUGAAUAUCUUUGGUCGCAUGUCCUUCCAAGUUCCUGGUGGUAUGGCAAUAACAGGAGCUAUGUUACAGUGGUACAGGACUGUUCCAGCUGUAGUGUUUUGGCAGUGGAUCAAUCAAUCAUUCAAUGCUUUAGUAAACUACACAAAUAGGAAUGCUAAAUCAACGAUAACUGGAAAACAGAUUGGAAUAGCUUAUGUGUCAGCAACAUCAAGUGCUGUGGCAGUCUCAGUAGGGCUUAACACUCUUGUGAAGUCAGCACCUCCUCUUCUCGCUCGCUGGGUGCCUUUCAUUGCAGUUGCAGCAGCCAAUUGCGUCAACAUUCCUUUAACCAGACAAAGGGAAAUAAUAGAUGGAAUUGUUGUGUUUGAUGAGAAUAACAACCCUGUAGGAAAGUCAAAAAAGGCAGCCGCUAAAGGAAUAACACAAGUGGUCAUCUCCAGAAUUACAAUGGCUGCACCAGGAAUGAUUGUCAUACCAAUAAUAAUGGAAAAAAUUGAGAAAUAUCGUUUUAUGCAGCGUAUUAAACCCCUGCAUGGUCCUCUUCAGAUGUUCCUUUGUGGUGUGAGUUUGUGCUUCAUGGUACCUGCUGCUUGUUCAAUCUUUCCUCAGAGAUGCUCUAUGUCAGUGGACAAGCUUGAACCAGAGGCUCAAGAGGCCAUCAGAAAGAAAGCAGGAACAGCCAUUAAAACAGUGUACUUCAACAAGGGACUUUGAUGACUCAGUAUUAUCUUAGAAUAGAAUAGUUCUAUAUAAUUGAAGGCUUUUGCGCAAAAAGGGAGUAUUUAGCAUUUUGGGCCGAUUUUUAUUUUUU